AUGAACCUAUUUUGGUCGUUAUUAAUCGUCUGCCAAGCGGUACUGCUGGCAUCCGCUGAUAAAAAAGGAGUUCAAACAUCUCUAAAAGCUAGUUGGGACUCCACUUCUCUACUAGCCGAAGCUAGUGAGUUCAUUGCUGACGAGAGUGAGAAGAAAUUCUUCAAAUUUGUCGAUAUUGUUAAUAACGAUGCCCCAACACUCAACUGGAACAAACUCACUGAUGAGCAAAAGUACGAGUACACCAUCAAGACUGCAUCGAAAGUAAUCUCAGCGUCGUCAGUUGAUCUUCUGAAGUUUGCUCUUGCUCUCCGUCAGUAUUCUCCACGUGUUCAGUCAUUCCAGCAGAUCGCCGCUGAAUACGAAGAGAGCUGUGAAGUUUUUGCUGUUGCUGGAGACCAGGUUUCGUGUGACUACGAGAAAGUCGAUCAUCUUGUCAGAGAUGCAAAGAGAGACACACGAGUUCUUGAGUCCGAUCACUUUGUUGGGGACAAGCAGUCGAAGAAAGCCGUGAUUCUGUACGGAGAGCUUGGAACUGUAUCAUUCGCCAAAGCCUGGCAGAAUCUGAGCAAAAACCAGAAGACUGGUCUUAUCUUCCGCCACUUCUCAAAGAAUGUUGAAUCCAACCCGGUCUCGUUGUCUGGAUACGGAGUGGAACUUGCCAUCAAGAACACUGAAUACAAGGCUGUCGAUGAAAGUAAUGAAAAGAAAAGUGUAGAGGAGGAUGAGACGGAUCUCUUCGGAUUCAACAUCAAACUGCUCAAAGAACUUCAUCCGGACUCAGUUGAAGCCAUCGAAUCAUUCCGUGUCAACUUGAAGGAAUCCGAUGAGCUCACCCCACUGAAACGAUGGGAGCUCCAGGAUCUCAGUUACCAGGCCGCUCAGAGAAUCGUGAACGCCGGACCAGCAGAAGCUAUUGGAACACUUGAGGAGUACUCUCAAAACUUCCCAACUCAUGCUCGUGCUCUUGCGAAAACCACUGUCGAUGAGAAACUCCGCAAAGAAGUUCAGUUGAAUAGAAAAAUGUUGGAAGAGGCUAACAUUGAAGUUGGUGAGACCUCGUUGUACAUUAAUGGAAUCAACCAGGACAUCAACAGUUUGGAUUUGUUCAAGCUUGCUGAUUUGUUGAAACAGGAAAAUAAAUUGGCUGAUGGCUUCCACAGUAUGGGAAUCAAUCGGGAAUAUCUGUCGGUGUUAGUUGGGAUGGACACAUCGGAUGACGAGAAAAUCAGCUACGCCGUCGACCACAGAGAAGGAUAUCCAUUCUUCAUCAACAAUCUGGAUACCGAUAAGAAGUACAAGCAGUGGGGCAACAGUGUGAAGCUCAUGCUUCAACCAUACUACCCUGGAAUGAUCCGACCAAUUGCUAGAAAUUUGUUCAGUUUGGUCUUCGUCGUCGAUCCAAGUACCGCUGAUGGUCGCAAAUUCCUGAGAAUCGGACAAACCUUCAACAGCCACGACAUUGCUAUGAGAAUCGGAUACAUCUUCGUGGUCAACCAAGAUGCCAAAGCAAGUGGAGAAAACGAUCUUGGUGUUGCUCUUCUCAACUUGUUCAACUUUGUAUCCAUCGACUCUUCAAAUGCUGAAGCUUUGAAGGUUCUCAACAACUUCCUCGACGGCUAUCGUUCUCAAGAACCAACUGUUGCUGAUCUGAAGGACUUCUUCGAGGGAAAAUUCAGUGAUACGAAUUUCAAGGAUGUGUUUGGAGUGGAUUCUGACUACGACAAGGGACGCAAGCACGGAUAUGAAUUCUUGCAAAAGACUGGUCUCAGCUCUGCUCCAAAGGUGCUGCUCAACGGAUUCAUUUUGGAUGAAGAAGGUGUCCGCGGAGACAACAUUGAAGAAACUAUCAUGAUGGAGGUGAUGAAAAUCUCUCCAAAGAUUCAAAAAGCUAUCAUGGAAGGCAAGCUCACCGACAGGAUGAACGUUGGAAACUGGGUCCUCGACCAAAAAGAAGUAAUGCCAAGAAUCAACAAGAGAAUUCUCUCCGCUCCAAGCAAGAAGACAUACGUUGACAUGUUUGGUGCAAAGGAAUGCAAAACUUUGAAGGGUGCUGAAAGUCUUCCAGACGUGGACAAGGCAUCGUGUCUUCUUCACACCACGAAGUAUCUUCAAAAAGCUACCAACGACGCUAUUCUGCCAGUAACACUUUGGACAAUCGCUGAUGCUGAUUCCGUCGAUGGUCGUCGUUUCAUCUACAACUCCUUGCAAAUCCUCAAGAACUCCGCCAAGUCAAGAGUUGGAAUCAUUUUUAAUACAGAGAAUGUCGAGAAGAGCUGUGAAUCCAACAGCAUCUCCUCAUACAUUCGUGCCGCUCUCGAGUUCUUGCCAAUGGAUCAAGCGAAGAGACUCAUUUUGAAACUCAGCAACGAAGAAUAUGCAGCUGAUUUCAUAUCCGGAAAAAUGACAUUUGACGAUUUGAGUGUUGGAGGUAUGGACACCGCCAAGUUCCUUGCUGACAAGAAGAAAUUGGAUUGUGAGCGUACCCGUGCUGAAGCAAAUCUUGUAAAGAGUCUUCUUGACAUCAAAGCAGGAGAUCGUGUCGUUGUCGGAAAUGCUCUGCAAGUGGGACCACUGGACAAAGACGAACAUUUCGAGGCAGCUGACUUCAAACUUUUGGAGAGUAUGCUGUUGUCAAGAGGAGCUGAAGUGAUCUCCUCUCACUUGUCAAAAUGGGAAUUCACUGCUGCAAAUGGUGCUGGAUCCAAUAUCGCCUUCUCUAUUGCUGGAGUUGUUGGAAAGCAUGCCUCAUCUCAAAAAAGAACAUGGGUUAGCAUUAAGGGAGAUGAACAUAGUGUUGUCACUCUUACUGCUGAUGAAUCCAAUAAACCAGCUGUUGAUGUCCUUGCUGUCGUGGAUCCACUUACAUUGGAAGCUCAAAAGCUUGGAACAAUUCUUCAGUUGAUCAAGAAGGUUACCAAUUGUGACAUCAAGAUUGUGAUGAACCCGAAGGACAAACACUCAGAAUUGCCACUGAAGAGAUUCUACAGAUACGCUGCCGCAUCUGAGUUGAACUUUGAUCACAACGGAAAGUUGAAUGGAAAUGUAGUCAGAUUUGACAAUCUUCCAAGCAAGCAACUUCUGACAUUGUCCCUGCAAGCUCCUGACUCCUGGAUCGUUGAAGCUAUCUCUGCCAAAUACGACUUGGACAACAUCAAGAUGGAGCAGGCCUCCGGAGAUGUCACCGCCGUUUUCGCCCUCCAACAUUUGCUUCUCGACGGUCAAUGCUUUGAUGAAAUCAGCGGGCAGCCACCAAGAGGAUUGCAGUUUGUUCUGGGAACAGAGAAAAACCCGAAACAGUUCGACACAAUUGUCAUGGCCAACUUGGGAUACUUCCAACUCAAGGCUAAUCCAGGAGCAUGGAAUUUGGAGAUUCGUGAAGGAAAAUCAAGUGAGAUUUACAAGAUUGGAACACACGUUGGUGCGGAGAAAAUUGGAGAAGACACCCUUCAAGUGGUUCUCGACUCGUUCACCGGAAAGUCUGUCAGAGUUCGUGUUGAGAAACGAGAAGGAAUGGAGGAGAGAAACUUAUUGGCCGAUGACGAGGAAGGAGUAUGGAGCAGUCUCAGCAACUUGGUGACCAGCAAAGAAAAGCCUCAAGAAGUGAUUAACGUCUUCUCUCUUGCCUCUGGACACUUGUACGAGCGCUUCAUGAGAAUCAUGAUUGUGUCUGUAAUGAAGAACACCAAGCACCCCGUCAAAUUCUGGCUUCUCAAGAACUACUUGUCGCCACAAUUCAAGGAAACUCUUCCAACACUCGCUAAGCACUAUGGAUUCGAAUAUGAGCUCGUCGAGUACAAAUGGCCAAGAUGGCUCCAUCAGCAAAAGGAGAAGCAACGUAUCAUGUGGGGAUUCAAGAUUCUCUUCCUCGACGUACUCUUCCCGUUGGACGUUCAAAAAGUUAUCUUCGUCGACGCUGACCAAGUUGUUCGUGCUGACUUGAUGGAAUUGAUGAAGUUCGAUCUUGGCAACGCUCCAUACGGAUAUGUGCCAUUCUGUGAGAGUAGAAAGGAAAUGGACGGAUUCCGAUUCUGGAAGCAAGGAUACUGGGCAAAUCAUUUGGCUGGUAGACGUUAUCAUAUUAGUGCUCUCUACGUCAUUGAUCUUCAAAAGUUCCGACAAAUCGCUGCCGGUGAUCGUCUUCGUGGACAAUACCAAGGGCUCUCCGGAGAUCCAAACAGUUUGGCUAACUUGGAUCAGGAUUUGCCAAACAACAUGAUCCAUCAAGUCAAAAUCAAGUCUUUGCCACAGGAGUGGUUGUGGUGUGAGACAUGGUGUGACGAUGCUAGCAAGAAGAAUGCCAAGACCAUUGACUUGUGUAACAAUCCAUUGACCAAGGAACCAAAACUUGACUCUGCCAACAGAAUCAUUGGAGAAUGGAAGACUUACGACGAUGAAAUCCGUGAGGUUAUCUCUGGACACACCAUUUCCGAGCCUGUUAUCAACGAGACGGAGGAUUCUCACACUGAACUUUAA